GACAGUUAAGUUUGCAACAUCUCCAUGGGACUGGACUCCUCCAAUCUAGAGGGUGCUCACGGCACUUCGAAAGUAUCGGUUAUCGGAAGCCGGAAAUGUGAGAAGUGGUGUGUUUUAUUACUGAUGUUAUUGAGUUCGAAUCACGUAAAUCUUUAGACUUGGAAGAAUUAAAAAGCACGUAACUGACAGCCUUCCAGGAGACCAGGAAGAAGUAAAGUUGAACUUAUCUGAAAGUUAUCGGUAUGUUUCAGUGAUGUGUUUAAAAGCCAUGUCUACAGAAGCAGAUGCUGUUGGAAAGACAUUCGACAUUUUGGAAAGAAAGAAGCCCUCUGACCUGACUCUGGAACACUGGAUUGCAAGUUGGGAGAAGCAACAAAUUGGAUUUCACCUUAAUGAAGUCCAUGAAAUGUUGAAAAGACACCUGGAUGUUAUGCUAAAUGGGAGAAAGCAAAUCCGUAUCUUUUUUCCACUUUGUGGAAAGGCAGUGGACAUGAAAUGGCUUGCUGAUCAGGGGCACACUAUUGUUGGUGUAGAAAUAUCUGAAAUUGCAAUAAAGCAAUUUUUCACCGAACAGAAUCUGUCCUACAUUCAAGAACCCGUUCCAGGGAUACCAGAUGCAGAAAUCUAUAAGACUCCUGAAGGGCACAUUACUCUGUUUCAGGGAAAUAUUUUUGAUUUCUCAAGUUCAGUUGCUGGGCAGUUUGAUGGGAUCUGGGACCGAGGUUCUCUACAACCUCUCAACACCUCUGACAGACAGCGUUAUAGCAAACUAAUGAUAACCCUAAUGGCCAAAGGGUGUCGAUAUCUUCUGGACACUUACGUCUGUACGAAAACUGAUUUUGAUGGCUUACCACCCAAGAUCUCGGAAAGCGAAACUCGGGAUUUGUUUGGCCAUGCCUGCAACAUUCAUUUGCUGGACUCAACUGACAAAUUGACUGGAAAGCAAAAGUUGUUCGGUCUAGAAGGCUUCAUUGAGGAAGUUCAUCUCAUUACAUUGAAGAUUGUUCAGGUGAAUCAUUAUUUUGGCACAAAUCACUGAAGCAAGCAAUUCCAUGGAACAUUUCCUCUCUCUGGACAGAAAUUCAAGCUGUUCCCUGUGGCACAUUUGACUGGUGGGGAGCAUUUAAUCAAUGGGGAGGGUGGUAGGUAUAGACACCACCCCAAUCAGGUCUAUUAGUGGUAGGCCAGCACAUCCAUUAAAUAUCACCUUUUCUCUCUGAAUCAAAAUCUCACAGUUGGAUGUAAGAGAUUUCUGGUACUAUUUCCAACAAUUCCUGUUGAAGGGCUUAUGCCUGAAACAUCGAUUCUCCUGCUUCUCGGAUGCUGCCUGACCUGCUGUGCUUUUCCAGCAUCUCUCAUGCUAUUUCCAACAAGAACAGCAGACUUAUUACUGGUGUCCUGACCAAUAUUUACCAUUCAAUCAGUGUCAAAUAAACCCUAGCCCAAGUCUUCCAUAGUCUGGAAUAGCAACAGCCCACAUAUACAACAUUACAAAUCAGGACUCCACAGAGAUCCCAACACAAUGACAAUGCAGGAAUUGCCCAGGAAAUUUCAACUUGUAAUGUUGUAAUGGGCAACUCCCCAGCACCUUGGAACCUGAAAACUUAAAUCCUCAGAGUUUAAUAUUUUUGAGGUUCCAACUUACUUGGAUAGUUAUCUUGACAUAA